AUGUCUUCUCGAUACACGUCUUCGUACACCUCACGGUACGGUGGUGCCCGUGAUUAUGGUACCAGCUCAUACAGUAGUAGCCGUGACCGAGAUAGUAGUUAUAGAGAUAGAGAUAGUACCUACUCAUCUUCUCGUUACUCUUCAAGACCCAAAUAUUCAAGCUAUGCAUCCAAGUACUCUACCGAUCUUGGAAAAUCAACAGACAAAAUGGAGGACUACACCGCUGCCCCAAUCGCCAAAGACGAGAUCGAGGAGCUCUCUUAUGACGCCAAGACUCCAACUACUCCAACGAUUGAGGUUGUCGAUGCUCCACAGGAGGUUCUUCAAGAGAGCCAAAUCUCGGACUUUGUUGAGGAGGAGGAGGCUGAUAAGCCAAACGAGAUCGAGGAGGUCAAAUUGACUCUUGCUUCUGAAGUCGAUGAGGACGAUGAGGACGAGGAAGAGCUUCGCAAGGCUCAGGAGCUUCUUGCUUCUAGCACUCAAAUUCGUGAGGCUUCUCCAGUUGCUUCGCCGAUUGCUUCUCCAAUCGCUUCGCCAACAAAGGUCACCUUCGCCACGGAGACGUUCGGACAGGAGAACGGAAACGAGGCGGAGAACCGCACUCCGAGCCCAACUGUGCUCAACGCUAAGAAGCUCGGAGGAAUCCCAUGGCCACCAAAGUCGUGCGAUGUCAAGAAGGACGCUGGAGAUGCGGAGAUCCUUCCGAAGAAACGCGUUAGCGAUUUGAUCGCUCGUUUCAACACCGGUGUUGUCGACGAGUCGAAGAAGUCUGAUGACUCCUACAAGACCGAGUACGGUGCUACAUCCAACGUCGGAAAGGUGUCGACCCACAACUUUGCUUAA